AUGAGCAGUCGCGACGUGAUCAGGGCCCUGGCACCCCUCAUUCCGCCCGAGGAGUGUGCUCUGGAGAUGGUAGCGGUGGCCCGUCGUAAACACCGACAGGGCUGGAUCAAGCUGUUUGUCAGCUCCGUAUGUGGAGGAAUCAUGCAAUCCAUUGGAGCCUUCGUCAGUAUCACGGUACAAGGAAACUCGAUUUCGGGCCAGCAUGUGGGUGGGGCAAACGACUGGCUGCCAAAGGUCCCAGAGGCUGGCGCCUACUCCAUCGGACUGAUUCUCAUCACCAUGUUUGGUCUGGACCUGUUCAACUCCAACAUUCUUUUUUUCACCGUGGGCUGCGCGACCCGCAAGCUGUCACCGUGGGCUCUUCUAAAGUCGUGGGUGGUGUCGUGGUUUGGAAACCUGGGAGGAGCUCUGUUUGUCAGCUACAUUUUCGCCUACUCCACCGGCCUGGCACGAUCGGAAGGAAUGGUGAACGCAUCCUACGUGUCUGUCAACAACAAGCUGACAAACCCAACUUGGGCUCAACUGUUUGCACGGGCAGUGGCCUGUAAUGCACUGGUGUGCAUGGGUAUCUAUCUGUCGUUCAUGUGUCGAACAUUUGUGGCAAAGUACAUUGCCAUUCUCAUCCCGGUGUUUGCCUUCGUAUACAUUGGGUUCGACCAUGUGGUGGCAGACAUGUUUCUCAUCAGUUUGGGCCUGUUCAAUGGCUCACCGCAUAGUGUCGGGCUUUUCAUUCACAAGUCGUUAGUGGGAGUCUCUGUCGGAAACAUUGUUGGAGGCAGCGUCUUCGCGCUCGUGGUGCCGUGGUAUCUGCACUACUUCACCGUUUCGGCUCUGCACAUCAAGGAUUCCAUUGCUGGUGUCAAUGCCGACGGAGUCCAGAUCGGUACCGAAGUGGGAGAAGAAGAACCAAAGGAAGAGCCGUCUUCGUCUUCGGCCGGAGAGUCGUUCAAUCCUCCGCAGGCCCCCGCUUCGGCGCGUAUUGCACCCCAUGCACAGUCGCCAGUCUGA